GCAUCUCUUCCUCUUAGGUUUGUGCUGCUCGGUGGUUCAGUUGUGUUUUUUUUUCGUUUGCUGGUGGAAAGGGUAAAAAUUCGCGAGUUUUGUGUGUGGACUUUGGGAGGCGACUAGUUUUCCCACAUUUUCCUCUUAUUUCGCAUCGUUUUGGCACCUCGGAGGUGCGAACAUUGUUCUGUAAAGUGCACACUCAUUGGUUUAAAACCUGGAAAAGUGGUUCACAGGUGGCAUGAUUUGGUGAUUUUUCGGGAAGAGAACAAUCUUGGCGUUGUUGCGUUUCUUGAAUGCCUCUUUUUUCCUCCUUUGAUUCUCUUGCUUGACUCGCAAGACCGUUUUCGUUGGCGCUGCUGCCCCUCCCGUCUGGUCGUUUGUGCUGCUGCGGUGAAGAAAAUUCAGUCUACGCGAAACAAGUUCGCGACUUUUACGCCACUGUGUGUGUGUAUGACUUUCCGCGUUUGUCGAAACGCUGCUGCUGGAUCACGUUUUUGGCUCGGAGGCUGCGGCUAGUCUCCAUCUCUCUGUAUUUGUUGCAGGGACGGCCGAGCAGCUCACAACAUACUUCAUGCCAGCAGUGUCGAGUUGAACAGGCGCUCGACGUUGAUCAUCGCAGCAGCAGCACCAAGUUAUUGCCUCAGUCAGUGGGCUUUCGAUUUCGUUACCCGCCUAGUGUGUAAAGUGUAUAAGGGGCGCACAAUUACCCAAGAAGAAAUAAUUUCGUUCUGUAAUUACGCCGAGAAGAGGUGGGGAAGACGAAGCAUACCUGAUACUGUAGGUGUACGAAGAGCUGGGGAUUAAGUCAAGGAAUCGGGAGGAGAUAAGGCUUCCUCAAGUGUUGUGAAUUUUGUGGUUCCUACGCGUUGGCGAAAUAAAGAAGCAGCGAAAAAAAAAUAAUCGCCUAAACACAUAUCUCAAGAGUGUCUGUGGGUGUGGGUUUUGUGUGAAACCGGGAAGAGAAUCUAAUUUCGAGUGGUGGCAUAUGCAAAGCAGCAGCAGCAGUAGAUUUCAAAGUUCAGUGACCAGCGGCAGAACCAGGAAGCGAGGAGAGUUUUUGGCAGCUGCAGAGUCUAGUAGUUCUCUCGCAAUUCAGCUCAGCUGCACGCAGACGAAACAGGUGCCCCUUGCUUACGUACUUGAACCGUCGCACCUGCACGCGCCGCGAACGUCCCAAAGUUUGCAGAAACGAAACAGGGCAGAUCGUGUGCUGGGUUGGGUGACGAAGAAAGGAACCAGACUGACCGAGUUCUGACGCGAUGGAAGCAGGUUGGGUGGAACGAGGCCAGGUUGGACGACGGUGAUAGCUGCGAGCGCUGAGCUGAAAAGUGGUGCAACAAAUCAACCCCCCCGGACGAGAUGAUGAACGAUGAGGACACCGUCGACAAGCGGAUUCUGCUGGAGCGGGCCAACGCCGAGCGGGAGGCCAUCUUCCAGCGGUACGACCGGGGCCGCAAAAACGUCGACAUUGACUCGUGGGACGAUCCGGUCUUCGAGAUCUACUCGCAAGCCGACCGGUACGGCUUUCUGCACCCCGAAAAGGAGCGACCCGAUCGGGACGACCUGGAGAUGGCCCGCCGCAAGCAGAUCGAGGUCGAACGGACGAAAAAGUGGCUCAAAAUGCGCAAAAACUGGACCAGCGCCGAAACGAAGGAACGCCUCCAGCGACGCGUGAUGAAGGGCAUUCCGGAUCGGUUACGGGCGGACAUUUGGAAAAAGUUCCUCAACAUCGAGGAGGCGGUCAAGGACAACGCGGGAGUGUACGACAAAAUGCUGAAAUUCGCCCGCCAGUACAGUCCGGACAUCCGGCAGAUCGAUUUCGACGUGAACCGGCAGUUCCGGAACCAUAUCAACUACCGCGAGCGGUACAGCGUCAAGCAGCAGAGUCUGUUCCGGGUGCUGGCCGCGUACAGCAUGUACAACAUGGAGGUCGGCUACUGCCAGGGCAUGUCCACUGUGGCGGGGGUCCUGCUGAUGUACUUUGACGAGGAGGACACCUUUUGGGCGUUGAACGCGUUGCUGUCGAACGAGCGGUACGCCAUGCACGGGCUGUACGUGGAGGGCUUCCCGAAGCUGAUGCGGUUUCUGCAGCACCACGACAAGAUUCUCACCAAGUGUAUGCCGAAGGUGAAGAAGCACCUGGACAAGCACGGCAUGGACUCGGUGCUGUACUCGCUCAAGUGGUUCUUCGUGAUCUUUAUCGAGAGGAUACCGUUCAGCUUGUGCCUGCGCGUGUGGGACAUCUACAUGUUGUUUGGGGAGCGCGUGCUCACCGCCAUGGCCUACACCAUCCUCAAGAUCCACAAGGUGAAGCUGCUGCGCAUGAAGGACAUGGACCAGAUCACCGAGUUCCUGCAGACGACGCUGUACAAGGCGUUCGGGCACGACGACGACACUGUGAUAAAAACCCUGCAGCUGGCGAUGUACGAGCUGAAGAAGCUCAACCUGGACAAGCUGCCGCCGGCCCCGGUCAGCGAAGGACCCAAGUUCCCGUUCGGGCAGUUUAUCGAGCCGACGCUGGAGACCAAGAUCGGCCAUCGAAACGAAAAGUUCACCGAAAAGGAAACGGAACUGAAGGAAACGGUUCUGUACCGGAGCGAAUCGAAGAAUGACCAAGAUGAGGAGGAGGAGGAGGAGGACGGCGAGAGGGAAAACGAAGAGGACGAACGGACGGAACGCGACUGCGAUGACAUCACGGAGGACACGAUCAGCAACCUGCAUACAGAUUACGACGAGGGCAGCAUCACGAAGCAGUCGCUAACGGGGACAUCGGUCACGUCCACCAACGACGUCAGCAUCGCGUCGUACGAGCGUACCUGUGAUAUCUUCCGGCUGGCCUCGGCCCAAAACGGUGGCCCGCUGUGCGGCGGUGGCAGCAUCGAGGACAACGUAAGCAUCCUGUCCACGCAGCUGGACCUGUGCUCGCUGCCGAGUGACCACGCGGUUCCGCCGCCGGAGAUUGUGCUGGUACCGCCCGAGGAAGUCGGGGACGAUGGGGACGAGGACGACGACGAGGUUACCGAGAAGCAGCUGUCCGAGUAGGAGCUGUCUCCAGCCAGACAAACCCGCCGUCCAAGCAAGAUAGAAAACAAAAAAAAACUAGCAACACUGCCAACACACAACGUGGACCUCGUAGAUUUUUGUUCUUUUUUGAAACUAAUCAGAUUGUUGUGAAUCGUGACAAACAAUAUGCCAUCGGGAAAUGAGUGAUCAUACAGCAAUAAAGCAAAAAAAAAAAAAAAUCUCUCGCGAAAACAAUAUUGGAGAUGCAUUUUUGUCGUACUCUACAUAGUUUAUAAGAAAAAGCUAGCGCGUAAGUUCGUUUUUAUACUGUAGAAUUCCUGCUUGAAGGAAAACUGUGAAUUCUUCUUUUUUUCUGUAACAGAAACGUAAAUGAUGGUGUAGUUAAGAUAUUGAAGUGAAUUCUAGAUUGAUUCCGUUGUUUCAAAGUGCGUGUAAACUAUUCGGCCGAAAGGAAUUAUUAAAGUGAACUAAUUUAUUGAAAA